GAUUUGCUUGUUGCUUGCCUUACCUCUUCACUUUCAAAAAUAUCGUGAGCGCGCGAACACCUAUUUAUUACACACGAUUUUGUUUAGUUAUUAUAGUCGCGUUAUUUUCGUUUGCUUAUUUUACGUUUAAUUAUUUUUAGUGCGCUCGGUAUAGUGCUUCAACAUGACAGUGAACAAAAGUGGUGCUACGAAUAAAACCAAAAAGAAGACAUCAACGACGACUACAGCUACAGCCGCAAGCUCAUCCAGUGCUCAUACUAGUGCUACCAAGUCAUCGAAAGUAAUAUCCAAAAAAAGUGAGACUCAUCAAACUGGUAAUGUAUCAAAAUCUUCUUCGUCUUCCAGCUUAAAAAUUUCUGAUAUUUCACAUUUACCGGUUAACGCUAAAGUUGUCACUUAUAAAGUCACAGAACAGUUACCAACUGGUGGUGGAGAAAAAAUAACUACUUAUGAAGACUCAGGUGCCACUUCCACCGAAUACAGACAUUUUAUUGCACAAGAUUCUUCCUCAUCAGCCGUACAUUCCACACAAAUAGAACAACUCAGUUCUACUUUAAACCAAUCAACUACAAAUCUACAUGAAUCGACUUCUAAUUUAUCUCAAAUAUCAAAUUCAACCUACACAGUUACAGAACCUAUGGAAGAAUUAAAACUGACAUAUAAUAAAAACGAUUCUGGUUGGAAUGGUAAAUUUGUAGUAGAAGAACCCUUACAAAAAGAUAAAAGAACAAAAAAUCAAAUUAUGAAAAGUGGAGGAAAAACUGUAGUAGAACAAACUUCAUCUUCGACUUCACAUCAAGAAAGUUCUUCCACCGCAAAAAGUUCUUCGUCUAGUUACGUUGUUGAAAUUGUAGAUGGAAAAGAAAGAAUUAUUGACCAAAAACAUAACGAAUCAUUCCACGCUGAUCAUUCUAGUAAUGACGAACGUUUAGAUACGAGAUCUGGUACUAAUAUUACACCUGAGGUACACUAUAAACAAAAAGCGACUGAGAGUUCUACAAAAUAUGACUCAGCUGUACCAGAAUUGAAACAACCGAAAACAAAAUCUAGUAAGUCCGAAAGGGAGAUACAUCAAGUAGGAGACCAACUUUCUUCUUCCUCUAAUAUAACCCAUGAGAACAAAUUUGACAACAAAUUUUUACAAAGUUCUUCCACAGCUGCAGUUGUAGAUAAAACUGACUCUCAUUCUCAAAAAUCUGGAUCUACUUACACAAUUAAUGAGCCAAGCGAAGAAUUUAAAUUAUCUUAUAAUAAAAACGACUCUGGUUGGAAUGGAACUUUUGUUUAUGAAGAUACAAAAACAAAAGUUGCUCCAAUAAGUAAAAAUACUGUAAUAGAACAAUCAUCAUCAUCAACCGCUCAUCAAAAAAGCUCUACGACAGAAAAAACUUCGUCAAGUGGAUAUGUGAUAGAAAUAGUUGACGGCAAAGAAAGAAUUAUUGAUAGAACUCAUCAUGAAUCGGAAAAUGCUACUAGAAAUAUUCAUGAUGAACAUUUGUCUUCAAAGUCUGGUACUAACAUUACACCAGAAACUCACUAUCAACAAAGAUCGACAAAAAGUUCAACUAAAUACGAUAGUAAUAACCCAGAAUUAAAACAACCUAAGACAACUUCAUCUGAUGUUUAUACCGAUUUUCACCAAGUAGGGUCUCAAGUUUCGUCCAAUAAAAAUGUACUUCGUAAUACAAAUGUAACAGACAAAAAUUCUUUAAAAAACACUUCCAAAAAUUUCAUAGAAGUAGAGCAACAAGAUUCAAUAAACAAACAAAUGGAUUCCAGUCAAUAUCAAAAAACAAGCGUCAGUGAAACUAUACAAAAUAUUACCGCAAAAGAUCUUGGUAAAAAUGCUAGUACUACCACAACUACAACCUAUUAUGACUCGAAAGGAAACAUUAUUAAGACUGUAAGCGAUGUUGACAAUCACAAUAUUCCUGGAAGCUCUUUUACAGAUAUAGAUAAAUCACAAACUUUAAAUUUGAACGAAACUUAUGUUAAGACUGACCACGUACCAGCUUCUUCUACACCCAAGAAAACAAAAUCCCCUGAACGAAAACCUACAUCUCGAUCACCUGCGGGGACAGUAACAGAAGAAAUUCAUUCUCAAGACAGCACUGUCAGAUAUGUCGAUGAAAACUAUGUCGAUAUGCAAAAAAUUCGUAAUAGUCAUUUAGGUACUGAUUCUAAAAAAUUUUAUGGUCAUACCGUUGAUUCCAAAAACACUAUAGUUGGAAAUGUUUACGAUACUAAGGCUGUGCAAAAUACUAUUGGUACUACAGGUCACGUUAUUAUGGACCAAAAUAUCGACACGACUGAUCUAGUAUAUUCUAAUGACAGAAACUAUGGAAAAACUGGAUGGAAUGGAUCGUUUACUUAUGAAACACCUAAACCUAAGAAAAGUGCUUCGCCCGAAAGAAAACCUGAAUCAUCAAAACAAAAACCAGAAGAUAAAUCAAGAUCUCCUACUAGAGCAUCUCCAGAAGAUUUUCCUGCAGCAGGAGCACCUUCUAAAAAGAGACAACCUGAUGAUUCUAGAAAACCUUCAGAAAAUCAGGCAGCACCCAAACACCAUUCUCCCACAAGGCUUGCACCUGAAAGUCUUCCUGCUGCUGGUGCUCCUUCUAGAAAAGAUAGCCCAGAUAUAACCAAAAACGUACCUACAGAUGACAAACAAAAACCUAAGAAGGAUGGUCCAAAUAGAUUAUCUCCUGAAGACUUACCUGCAGCUGGUGCUCCGUCUAGGAAAGAUCGACCAGACAUAACUAAAAACAUACCUACAGAGGACAAACAAAAACCUAAGAAGGAUGCAUCUAAUAGAUUAUCUCCCGAAGAUUUACCUGCGGCUGGAGCUCCUUCUAAAAAAAGUCGUCCCGUAAAACCGUCACAACAAGUUAAUGAGUUUCUGAAUAUAGAAACUCAGGAGAAUAUAAAACAGAUGACUAAUGUUGAAUUCGAUGAUGUAAAUCAUAAAGUAAUAAAAAAGGAUCUUUCAAGACAAUUUCCUGAAGGUUAUCAUACAAGCGACACUACAUUUACAAUAGAAAAUUACGAAACUACUGAUGUGAGUGACAUUAAAAAUACAACCUUCGUAAAAAAUACUGAUACUAAAAAUGUUAGUCACACUAGUUUAACUGAACAUUACGUAAUUAUCGAUGGUAAAAAGGUACCUGUAGCUCCAGGUCCAGACAAAACAGGUAGGGAUCAACCAAAGCAGGUGGAUUUAUAUCCAAAAGAAAAACCAGCAGCUGGAAAACCUUCGAGGCCAUCAAGAAGAAGCGAUUCGUCUAGUAAAAUAAAACCAGGUACUGUAGAUCAGAUUACAUCUUAUUCUGAAACUUUUGUAGAUACACAAAAUUCAAACACUAUUAACUCUGAAACUCUCGUUAAUCAGUCCACCUUGGUAGAACACUACGUUGUAGUCGAUGGAAAAGUUAUAACUGACACUUCUUCAUCUACUACUGAUAGGAAGUACAUAAGUGACACUAGUUACAGUCCAACAGAUAAGUUACGUCCUGAUGAAUUACCAGCUGCAGGAAAACCUUCUGUCGGUCCUAAAAGAAGUUCUUCUCCGGAAAAACCACUUACAGAUAAAAGCCCAAAGGAAAAAGAACCAAUCAGGAAACAUCCCGAAGACCUACCAGCGGCAGGAAAGAGUUCAGUCUCACCAAGAAGAAGUACAUCUCCGGAGAAACCGCAAAAAGAAAGAAGUCAUAAGGAAAAAGAACCAAUAACGAAACAUCCUGAAGAACUACCAGCGGCAGGAAAGCCCUCAGUAUCACCAAGAAGAAGUACAUCUCCUGAGAAACCACAGAAAGAAAGACCUAAGGAAAAAGAACCAAGAAUGAAACAUCCUGAAGAACUACCAGCGGCAGGAAAGCCCUCAGUAUCACCAAGAAGAAGUACAUCUCCUGAGAAACCACAGAAAGAAAAACCUAAGGAAAAAGAACCAAGAAUGAAACAUCCUGAAGAACUACCAGCUGCGGGAAAACCUUCAGUUUCACCUCGAAGAAGCACCUCUCCAGAUAAACUGGUAAAAGAUAAGAGUCCACAAGACAAAUCUCCAAAAAAGAAACACCCAGAAGACUACCCUGUGGCAGGCAAACCAUCUAGGCCUUCUCGACCUGAUUCACCUAGUAGAACAUCUGUGACAACAGUAACAGAAAUAGUGACAAAAGAAUAUCCAGUAACAAGUUCAACUUCAAAGUCGGUGACUGAAAAUGUAGAAUUUACAUCAAACGUUGUAGAUGAAACCUAUAUUAUAAAUGAGUCUCACACAACUAUUGAUAAAAAGGAUAUCAAGGAGCAUUAUACCACUGUCGAAAACGAUACGAAAUUUAUCGAAAACGUUGAUAUUGUCGAUAAACGAACGAAUGUAGUAAAUUUGAAAGACAUAGAAAAUACAGAUAAAAGAAUUAAUAAAACUGUAAUCGAUAAAAGCACUACGGAUGUUAUCAACAAGACAUUCAUUAAAGAAGAUAUAGUCGACAUAAAAAAUAUCGAGGAAGUCGAAAACAUUACGAAUAUUAAUCGAAUCUCAGACAACAAAGUCAUCCACAUCGAAAAAAUCAUAAAAGAACCGGCCAAGCCAGCAGUGGUUAAAGUACCGUUAAAGGAGCAAUGUAUCUGUGAACUCUGCACAUGUGGACGCCAUACCUGUCCACAUAAUCCAGACGAUUACAACGAUCAUCUUCAUCCAGAAGGUCCUUUCCUUGGUAAGCCUAAGGAUGAAUACAAUGCAGUAAGAGGGGAGCGUUUCCCUAUUAUAAAACCACAAGAUCAUUUAAGACCAGAAGGUGAUUUUGAAAGACCGUCCAAACCACAAUGGAGCCCAGCAGAGAGACCGAAACCUAAAAAGCCAGAUGAUAACUUGAAACCGGAGGGAGAAUUUGAAAGAUAUAAACCUGAAAAAUGGCAACCUGGAGAGCGUCCCGAAGCCAGAAAACCAGAAGAUAAUUUGAGACCAGAAGGUGAUUUUGAACGACCCGAUAAACCUGGUUGGAGACCUGCAGAGAGACCCCAACAGAAACGACCAGAAGAUAAUUUGAGACCGGAAGGAGAUUUCGAAAAGCGCACUCCAGAAAAAUGGAGACCGGGAGAAAGACCAGAAGCCAGAAGGCCUGAAGAUAAUUUAAGACCAGAAGGUGACUUUGAAAGACCAGACAAACCUGGAUGGAGACCUGCAGAAAGACCACAACAGAAGAAACCAGAAGAUAACCUUAGACCAGAAGGAGAUUUUGAAAAGCGAACACCAGAAAAAUGGAGACCAGGUGAUAGGCCAGAAGCAAGAAGGCCUGAAGAUAAUUUAAGACCAGAAGGUGACUUUGAGAGACCAGAGAAACCUGGAUGGAGACCUGCAGAAAGACCACAGCAAAAGAAACCAGAAGACAACCUUAGACCAGAAGGAGAUUUUGAAAAGCGAACACCAGAAAAAUGGAGACCAGGUGAUAGGCCAGAAGCCAAGAAACCAGAAGAUAAUUUGAGACCAGAAGGUGAUUUUGAGAGACCAGAGAAACCUGGAUGGAGGCCUGCAGAAAGACCCCAACAGAAGAGGCCAGAAGAUAAUUUAAGACCAGAAGGAGACUUUGAAAAGCGUACCCCAGAAAAAUGGAGGCCUGGUGAGAGACCAGAACAAAGAAAACCAGAAGAUAAUUUGAGACCAGAAGGUGAUUUCGAAAGACCUGAAAAGCCUGGAUGGAGACCUGCAGAAAGACCACAGCAAAAGAAACCUGAAGAUAACUUGAGACCUGAGGGUGAAUUUGAAAAACGUACUCCUGAAAAAUGGCGACCGGGUGACAGACCAGAAGCCAGAAAACCACACGAUAACUUAAAACCUGAAGGAGAUUUUGAAAGGCCAGAGAAAACCGAAUGGGUACCAGUUGAAAGACCAAAACCAACAAAACCAGAAGACAAUUUACGCCCAGAAGGCGAUUUUGAAAAAAGAACACCAGAAAAAUGGCGUCCAGGUGACAGACCAGAUGCUAAACGCCCUCAAGAUAAUUUAAGACCAGAAGGAGACUUUGAACGUCCAGAAAAGCCAGAUUGGAGUCCAGCUGAAAGACCGAAGCCUAAGAGGCCAGAGGAUAAUCUUAGGCCAGAAGGAGAUUUUGAAAGACGUAAACCGGAAGAUUGGAGACCUGCUGAGAAGCCUAUUGUAAAGAGACCACAAGAUAAUUUGAGACCAGAAGGCGAGUUUACUAGUUCAACAACAAAAACAGAAGAUUAUAAAGUUGUACGUGGAGAAAGAGUGGAUAUUGUUCGCCGUGAAGACAAUCUUACCAUCGAAGGAGACUUUACAGAUAUUACCACAAACAAGACAGACUUCACAGGUGAGCUAGUAGUUCGACAGACCCCAGUUAGACGCAGAACAUGGACAAAAGACGAUGUUGAGAAAUUCUAUUCAACCCAAACAACCGAAGUAACAACAACGAGUCAAGAUAUGUAUCAAAGUUACGACGUUACAGAUUUCAACAAAACUGUAAUAAUUCACCGUGAUAAUUUACGUCCCGAGGGGCCGUUCCAUGGCACUCCAAAAUCUAAAGAGGAUUAUACUCCCAAGCAAGUUGAAAGACCAACUCCAACGAAGCCUAGAGAUAAUCUUAAACCAGAAGGAGAGUUUGAGAAAAGAACACCUGAAAAGUUUAUACCCGCUGAAAGGCCCAAACAAAAACGUCCAGAGGAUAACCUCAGACCUGAGGGCGAAUUUGAAAGACCAACACAUACCAAAAUUGGACCUGCUGAACGAAGAACGCCAAUUAAACACGAUGAUAACUUACGUCCAGAAGGUGAUUUUGAAAGACCAGAAAAAACUAAAUACAGACCAGCAGAACGUCCAACCCAAAAACGACCAGAAGACAAUCUAAGACCAGAAGGUGACUUCGAACGACCUGAUAAACCUGAAUAUGUUCCAGGGGAGCGACCUAGGCAAAAACGACCCGAAGACAAUUUAAGGCCCGAAGGAGAUUUUGAAAGGCCUACCCCCACUAAAGUAAAACCAGGAGAGCGUAGAACACCCAUUAAACAUGAUGACAAUUUACGACCAGAGGGUGAUUUCGAAAGACCAGAAAAAACUAAAUAUAGACCUGCUGAACGUCCUACGCCAAAACGACCAGAAGAUAAUCUCCGCCCUGAAGGAGACUUUGAACGGCCAGAUAAACCAGAAUAUAUAGCCGCUGAAAGACCGAAGCAAAAGCGUCCCGAAGAUAAUCUUAGACCUGAGGGAGAAUUUGAACGUCCUUCUCCAACCAAAGUAGGACCAGCUGAGCGUAGAACGCCUAUAAAACAUGACGAUAAUUUACGUCCCGAAGGAGACUUUGAGCGCCCAGAAAAACCGAAGUACAGACCUGCAGAACGUCCAUCUCCAAAACGACCAGAAGAUAAUCUCCAUCCGGAAGGCGACUUCGAACGUCCUGACAGACCUGAAUAUAUUCCGGCUGAGAGACCUAAACAAAGACGUCCUGAAGAUAAUCUGAGGCCCGAGGGAGACUUUGAACGUCCAACUCCAACUAAAAUUGGACCAGCUGAACGUCGUACUCCUAUUAAACAUGAUGAUAAUUUGCAUCCUGAAGGAGACUUUGAACGCCCUGAAAAAGUCAAAUACAGGCCUGCAGAACGUCCAACACAAAAGCGCCCGGAAGAUAAUCUUCGUCCCGAAGGAGACUUUGAGAGACCCGAUAAACCAGAAUACGUUCCAGGCGAAAGGCCCAAACAAAAACGUCCUGAAGACAACCUCAGACCAGAAGGAGAAUUUGAACGCCCAACUCCCACUAAAGUGGGACCAGCUGAACGAAGGACUCCUAUUAAACAUGACGAUAAUUUACGUCCUGAAGGAGACUUUCAACGACCAGAAAAAAGUGAAUAUAGACCUGCUGAACGUCCUAGGCCAAAACGACCUGAAGAUAAUCUUCGUCCUGAAGGUGAUUUUGAACGUCCAGAUAAACCAGGCUAUGUUUCAGCUGAGAGACCUCAACAAAAAAGACCUGAAGAUAACCUUAGGCCUGAAGGAGAAUUUGAACGUCCAAGUCCAACUAAGGUGGGUCCAGCAGAACGUAGAACACCUAUCAAACACGAUGAUAACUUACGUCCUGAAGGCGACUUUGAGCGUCCAGAAAAAUCCAAAUAUAGACCUGCUGAAAGGCCUACUGCAAAACGCCCAGAAGAUAAUCUUCGUCCAGAAGGUGAGUUUGAAAGACCCACUCCUACUAAAGUAGGGCCAGCCGAACGUAGGACUCCUAUUAAACAUGACGAUAAUUUGCACCCAGAAGGAGAUUUUGAACGCCCAGAAAAACCCAAAUACAAACCUGCAGAACGUCCAACACAAAGAAGACCUGAAGAUAAUCUUCGUCCUGAAGGCGACUUUGAACGUCCUGAUAAACCAGGCUAUGUUCCAGCUGAGAGACCUCAACAAAAAAGACCUGAAGAUAACCUUAGGCCUGAAGGAGAAUUUGAACGUCCAAGUCCAACUAAAGUGGGUCCGGCAGAACGUAGAACACCUAUCAAACAUGAUGAUAACUUACGUCCUGAAGGCGACUUUGAGCGUCCAGAAAAAUCCAAAUAUAGACCUGCUGAAAGGCCUACUGCAAAACGCCCAGAAGAUAAUCUUCGUCCAGAAGGUGAGUUUGAAAGACCCACUCCUACUAAAGUAGGGCCAGCCGAACGUAGGACUCCUAUUAAACAUGACGAUAAUUUGCACCCAGAAGGAGAUUUUGAACGCCCAGAAAAACCCAAAUACAAACCUGCAGAACGUCCAACACAAAGAAGACCUGAAGAUAAUCUUCGUCCUGAAGGCGACUUUGAACGUCCUGAUAAACCAGGCUAUGUUCCAGCUGAGAGACCUCAACAAAAAAGACCUGAAGAUAACCUUAGGCCUGAAGGAGAAUUUGAACGUCCAAGUCCAACUAAAGUGGGUCCGGCAGAACGUAGAACACCUAUCAAACAUGAUGAUAACUUACGUCCUGAAGGCGACUUUGAGCGUCCAGAAAAAUCCAAAUAUAGACCUGCUGAAAGGCCUACUGCAAAACGGCCAGAAGAUAAUCUUCGUCCAGAAGGUGAGUUUGAAAGACCUACACCAACUAAAGUCGGACCUGCUGAACGUAGGACUCCAAUUAAGCACGAUGAUAACUUACACCCUGAAGGUGAUUUUGAUCGUCCCGAGAAGCCCAGAUAUAAACCUGCAGAGCGGUCUACACCUAAAAAGCCUGAAGAUAAUUUGCAUCCAGAAGGUGAAUUCGAGCGACCUGAAAGACCAGGAUAUGUGCCAGCUGAGCGACCACAACAGAAACGACCCGAAGAUAAUCUUCGACCUGAAGGUGAUUUUGAAAGACCAACUCCUACUAAAAUUGGACCUGCUGAACGUAGGACUCCAAUUAAACAUGAUGAUAACCUACGACCUGAAGGCGAUUUUGAGCGUCCUGAAAGACCUGGUUAUGUACCAGCUGAGCGGCCGAAACAAAAACGACCAGAAGAUAAUCUUCGACCAGAAGGUGAUUUUGAAAGACCAAGUCCAACUAAAGUCGGACCCGCUGAACGCAGAACUCCUAUUAAGCAUGAUGAUAACUUACGUCCUGAAGGCGACUUUGAACGUCCCGAAAAACCAACAUAUAAGGCAGCUGAGCGCCCUACUCCCAAAAAGCCAGAAGAUAAUCUUAAACCCGAAGGAGAAAUGCAAGUUCCUGAGAAAACGCAAUACAGACCUGCAGUGAGACCUACACAGAAGAAACCUCAAGAUAAUUUAAGACCUGAAGGAGAAUUUGAGAGACCUGAAAUUAUAGAGGUUGGUCCUGCAGAACUUAGAAAGCCAAUAAGACACGGCGAUAAUUUAAAACCUGAAGGUGAAAUGACAGUUACUAGAAGAGAUGAUUACAAAGUUGUCAGAGGAGAUAGAGUUGAAAUUGUUAAACAUGAAGAUAAUCUUAAAAUGGAAGGUGAAUGGGACAUUAGGCGAAGAGACGAUUAUUCAAAGAUGACUGUAACGGAGAGGAAUGAAAUAAUAAAACACGAAGAUAAUCUUAAAAUGGAAGGCCAAUGGGAUAUUCGUAGAAGAGAUGAUUAUAAUCAAACUACUGUUAUUGAUCGUGCUCAAGUCAUCAAACAUGAGGAUAAUUUGAAAGUGGAAGGAGAAUUUACGGAUUUACGUACCAGAGAUGAUUAUAGGGUAGUUAGAGGAGAAAAAUGUGAAAUUAUAAAACAUGAAGAUAAUUUGAAAAUGGUUGGAGAGUUUAAUGAAUAUAGAAAACGAGAUGAAUUUAGUACUAAUUUCCAAAAGACAGAAAUUAUUCGACAUGAGGACAAUUUACGCCCAGAAGGGGAAUUUGAAAGGCCUGAUAAACCUAAAUACCAACCAACUGAGAGACCUACUCCCAAGAAACCUCAAGAUAAUCUUAAACCUGAAGGAGAUUUUGAAAGGCCAACACCGACCAAAAUUGGACCUGGUGAAAGGCGUACUCCUAUAAGGCAUGAUGAUAAUCUUCGUCCAGAGGGUGACUUUGAAAGACCCGAGAAAGCCCACUGGAGCCCAGGAGAGAGACCUACCCCAAGAAAACCACAAGAUAAUCUGAAACCUGAGGGCGAUUUUGAUAGACCAACACCUUCUAAAGUUGGACCUGGUGAACGGCGUACUCCUAUAAGACAUGAUGAUAAUCUUCAUCCAGAAGGUGACUUUGAAAGACCUGAGAAAGCCCACUGGAGUCCAGGAGAGAGACCUAGUCCAAGAAAACCACAAGAUAAUCUGAAACCCGAGGGCGAUUUUGAUAGGCCAACACCCUCUAAAAUUGGACCUGGAGAAAGGAGAACACCGAUUAGACAUCAAGAUAACUUGCAUCCAGAAGGUGACUUCGAGAGGCCAGAUAAGCCUGGUUGGUCACCUGCUGAAAGGUCUACUCCUAAAAAACCAGCAGAUAAUUUGAAACCAGAGGGUCAGUUUGAAAGACCAACUCCAUCUAGGGUUGGACCUGGUGAACGAAGGACUCCAAUUAGACAUCCAGAUAAUUUACAUCCCGAGGGAGAAUUUGAAAAACCUGUAUCUCCCAAGUAUGGUCCUGGAGAGAGAGCUGACAUUGUAAAGCAUCCAGAUAAUCUUAAACCAGAAGGUGAAUUCUUUGGUUCACCCCGAAAUAGAGAUGAGUUUAAACCAUCCAGAGGAGAAAGAGCUCCUGUUAGAAAACCACAGGAUAACCUGAAGAUGAUUGGAGAAUUCCAGGAUACUACAGUAGCGAAAUCUCAAUAUACAGUAGUAAGAGGUGAGAGGGCAGAGAUAAAGAAACAUGAAGAUCAUCUGAGAGUGGGUACUGGAAAAAUGGAGACUCAUACUACUUCACAUGAUAGCUUUGAUAAAACUGUGAAAGUAUCUCCUAGUCGCCAUAUAGUUAAUAAAAAUAAACAUACGGAAUCUCAUAUCAUGCUGGGCAAUGAUACCACAAACAUGCAAACGACAAAUCAAAGUAAUUAUAAAACUUACGUUAGAAAAGUUGACAAAAAGACUGUUAAUAAUAUUAUCAAUAAUAACGUUAUCAAUAAAGUAGAAAAACAUACAACUCAAAUAAACAAUAUCGUAAAAGACGAUACAGCAACUAAAAAGGACGUUAAAACUGUUCAAAAAUCCCACACUGAUGUUGCAACUGAUACAAAAACGCUUCAGAAUGGCAAUGUUACUACGACAAUAAAAACAACAACAGUAACAACCAAAGGGGCGCAAGAAGCUAGUCAGCAUUCCGAACGUCACCUAAAACAGACUAAUGUAAACGAAAUCCAAAAAUCUUCGUCUCAAACUCACAUCCAUAAAACGAAUAUUCACAAAUCUUCACAGAUUUUCAAUGACCAAGUAGAUCAUGCGCACUCUACAACUAAUAAAGAAAUAUCUAAUAAAACUUCUCACCACAAAAAGAGUUCUGUGACAUCUGAGGAAAUCAAUAAUCAAAUUUUGCAUCGUAAAGGUAUUCAUACCUCUUCGGAAGCUCUUCAUGCCACUAGUUCUUCAGCACUAGACAUGCGUAAAUCUGUUUGCAAUAUCCAUGAUCAAGGCAGAACUGUAGUCAAUACAGAAAGACAUAGUUUAAGUUCAAUGCAUAGGUCUAAUCAAGAAACCAACAACCUGAAUAGACGAAGUCAUCAACAACAAACUACUUAUCAAGUUGUAGAAAGGCCAGAGAAGAUAGUAAGAAGGGACAAUCUUUCAGUGGGUGGACAUUUUUAUGGACAGUCAGAAGCUAGGUCUUACGGAGAAUUUACUAAACAACAGAAUAUACAGAAAGUGGAACGUGUAACAAGAAGGUCUAAUGUCUCUAAUAUAACCUUGGGUGAUAGUAGUACACAUAUCGUAACUUCAUACAAAAAGGAAUAUUCUCCAAGGAACAUUGGUCCAUGUCCUGCUGGAUUAGUGGACACACCAAAAGGGCCAUUUAAACAUACGAGGGAUACGAAAUCUCAUAAAUUCUACUUGCCAGUGGUAACGAAGUAAAAUUCCAUGACUACAUUCCUAAUUUUAAGUGUGAUUAUUAUCCUUGUUAAUUUCUGAUAUAUUUAUACUUUUUUAGCUUACGGUAGAGGUACACAUGUUGCUUUUCAAAAAAAUUGUUAUUAAUAUUUUUGUAUUAACUGUUUCCCAGCUAUAACUUACUUUAUUUUAUAUAAUAAAUGAUGUAUUUCGAAUGUAUUUUUUAGUUUCAUACCUUGCAUUCAGUUUUCUUUGUCUGCUCCAGUUCUUCUUUAUACUGAUAAAGAUGAAACUUUGGAGAUCAAUUUUUCAGUCUGACACCAUCAAAUAAGGAGACUUAUAUGAUGCGUGAGGUGUGUAAAAAGAAUCUGUAAAUUCGAAUGUGCAAUAAAAUUUACUAUACAAUGA